AUGACGGUGGAGCAGCAGGAGGGGCAGGGGAGGAAUGGCAAGGAGCAGGGCCGGGUGCGGGGCGGCCUCCGGAACUGGCCUUCCAGGGCGGCCAGAGCAGAUCAGCAGAGCCCUGCCCGCGCUUCCAGCCCUGGGCUGGACUUUGGGGGAGCCAGGGAGGUGGGCACCGUGCUGACUGCAACAGCGGGGGAGAGUGACCGCCCCCCAGGGCCGCGGAAGGCUCAGGGCUGGAGGACGCGGCCGAGGGCCACAGCUCGCGGGCGGGUCCCUGGGUCUCACGGCUGCCAGGACAGCCCGCGGCGGAGAGGGUGCAGAGCCCAGAGUACCCGGCACGAAGCUGGAGCUCGGCCACCGGCCACCGCGCGGGGCCUCCUCCUCACCGGCGCCCACUCUCACUCCGCCUCGGGCUCCCACCCGGGCCCUCCACCAGCCCAGCGCCAGCACCCCUCCUCCAGGCAGCCUGCCCGGCGUCCGCGCCGGCCUCUCCGGACCCCUGGUCUGGAGUUUCUCCCCCAGCGUCACAGUCCGGGCCACACCCAGGGCCAGCUCAGGACACCUCCCCUGGAGAUGAGCAGCGACCGGCACGUCCCCAGUCCCCGGGGCCCAGUUCACCUGCACUGCCAGCUGACGUCACCGUCACCUUCCCAAGGGCAGUUUGGCUCGCCCUCCAGGCCCGCCCCAGCGGGGGGAUCCGGACCGGCCUGGCCUGUCCCCGCACCGCGGCUCCUCCCCGCGGUCCGGGCCGGGACUCGUUCUGGUCUGGGCCAGGCAGGAGGCCGGGAGGACUCGGGCGCCCAAGGUGCGGCGGCCGGACCGCGGAGCCGGCGGAGGGCCUCGGCGCGUCGGGACCACCGCGCCAGCCCCGGGUCGCCUCGACUUAGCUCUGGGCCCCGCCCCCCACCCCGCCACCCUCGGGCCAGCAGGCCCCCGCCCGCCCGCCCGCGCGAGCCCCCACCUGGGCCCGAAUCCAGCUCCGGCGGCGCAGCCGCGAGCCCCCGCUCUCCUGCCUCCCACGGCCCCCCAGGGACACGAUCACCCCCGCCGCGGGCCCGGCGGAACCCAUCACGGCUCCCCAUCAGGCCCCCAGUGCACGACCCCGGCCCCCGCUGCGGCGCCACCAGACACCCCCGCGAUGGAGCCGCCUCCGGCGCCCCAGGCCCAGAUCCAGCCCCUCCAGGCGGGGCUCGCGGACGCCGCGCUGCCGCCCGCAGGGACCCCCAAAACCUGCCCCCGCCCAGAUGCGCCGCCGCUGGGUCCGCGCGCUACCGCGCGCCCCGCGCCCCCUCCCCGGCCCAGGGCCAGCCAGUGCGGCUGCGGGCCCUCGGGCCCCGUCCCCGCGCCCGACCCCGCCACCCCAGCCGGCCACCAGCCCCGGCGGCUGCCGCCCGACACCCCCGGGGUGCCCCCGGCCCCUCGCGCAGACGCCCCGGGGCGCUUACCUCGGAGCCGCGGGGCCGCGAGUGCGCGGGCGGCGGGCGGCGGGCGGCGGGCGGGGGCGCGGGCCGUGCGCGCACCUGUCCCGCGGCCGCUCAGCCGGGCAUCCCGGGGGGGCUGGCGCUGUCCGCCCGGCCGCGCGCUGGCUGGGCAGGGGGCUCAGCCCCGGCCCCCGGCGCGCUGGCGUCGGCUCCGGGGGUGGCGCUGCGCGGCGGCCGGACCGGGGGCGCGCCGCGGCCGCAUCUCCAUCUCCUCCGCCGCCGCGGCGGCCGCUGCGACUCGCGGCUCCGCCACCUCCGCCCCCUCCCCGGCGCCCCCCACCGCCCCGAAGCCCGGCCGGAGCCGCGCAAAACCCGGCGCGGAGCGGCGGCGGCGCGGAGCGGAGGGCGGAGCCGCGUGGGCAUUGAAGGAGUGCCAAAUGUGUGCCAAGUCCUGAACUGGGCAACUCAAGACCAACCUGCCCGCGGGCAGAGUGCAGUCAAGGAGGCAGAGGAACCUGGGGCUGCGGAGCUCAAAGUACAGACCCAGGUCAAGAUGCACCGGGGCAAGGUCAGGCCGGGCUGCUCGCUCCCCCCGCCCCGGGCUCCUGGCUGUCUGCGCCCUGACCUGGAGGAGGGUGACGGAAGUUCGCGGCUGGCCCUCAGGCCGUGGGACACUGGGGAAGCCCCGCCCCCGGCCUCAGUUUCCCGGCCCGGACCCGCGGCCUGCGCCGCGCUGCGCUUCAUCCUGCUCCGACCGCAAGGAUUCCAGGGCGGGUUUUGCGGGCGCCCGCGGCUCCCGACACCUUCCUCCCAGCGCGGCCCGGCCCCGGCCCGGGGUCCGAGGGGGCCGGGGGAGACCCCGAGGGGGCCGGCGGCCGGCAGGGCCCUGGCCAGGGUGAGGCCGGCCGGCUCCCUGCGCCCGCGCCUGCGGGGAGGUCAGCCCCGCCCGCCGCCCUGCUGUGUGGCUCCCGCGGGUGUCUGCCCUCUCUGGGCCCGGCUGGAGCCACAGCGGGGGCAGCCUCUUGGGGGUCACCUGGGCCCCGCCCCCGCCUCCCCGGGGCCCAGCCUCGGUGAACCCCGCCGGGUGCGCGCACUCCGGAGCCCAGGCCGGGGUCCCCGCGGCCGCAGGUGCUCCGUCGCGCCCCGGGUCCCGGCUCCGGCCAGGGAAUCCCCUGGGGGUCGGAAAGGGCAGCGGCGAUUGGCCGAGACCGCGCGUGACGUCAGGGCCUCCCCGACGCCCCCUCCCCCAGAGGCACGUGGGGGGAGGCGGUCGCGGCGGGGGAGGGGCCGGGGUCGCGGGGCCUCGGGCGUCCCCCAGCCGGAGCCGGCAGCUGGGCGGCGCAGACGCGAUUCUCCUCGGACAGGUUUUUCCCUCGUCCCGAGUCCCCCUCCGGCCCCCCCAGAGCGGCAGCUGCUCGGGCGGCAGAUGCGCCAGAUAAAUCCGCCCAGCUGGUCCCUCGGAGAGCUAACCGCCUACCGCCUGGGGGCCGAGGGGUCAUCUCGAGGACCUUUCCUAAGCUCCAAUUUCUUCCUGGCGCUUCGGAGACGGAGACGAUGUGGGGCAACUGGUGCCCAGAGAGGGUAG